AUGGCCUGCGAACCUCAGAUGGGCCCCAGCGGGGCAGCCGGCCCAUUGCCCACCUCCUCUCCUGGCUGGAAUGCCUUGCCUGGAGGGCGUCCCCCAGGCUGGGGGCAAGAGCUCCGCAAUGGCCAGGUCCUCACGGUUCUGCGGAUCGACAACACCUGUGCGCCCAUCGCCUUCGAUCUGGGCGCCGCAGAAGAGCAACUGCAGACCUGGGGCAUUCAGCAGGUCCCCGCCGACCAGUACAGGAGCUUGGCUGAAAGCGCCCUCUUGGAGCCCCAAGUGAGGCGAUACAUCAUCUACAACUCCAGGCCCAUGCGGUUGGCCUUUGCUGUGGUGUUCUAUGUGGUGGUGUGGGCUAACAUCUACUCCACCAGCCAGAUGUUUGCCCUGGGGAACCACUGGGUAGGUGUGCUGCUCGUGACCCUGGCUGCCAUGAGCCUGACUCUGACCCUCGUGCUCAUCUUCGAGAGACACCAGAGGAAGGCCAACACCAACACGGACCUUAGGCUGGCGGCUGCCAACGGAGCCCUCCUGAGGCACCGGGUGCUGCUGGGGGUGACGGACACGGUGGAAGGCUGCCAGAGUGUGAUUCAGCUCUGGUUCGUCUACUUCGACCUGGAGAACUGUGUGCAGUUUUUGUCUGACCACAUUCAAGAGAUGAAGACUAGCCAAGAGUCCUUGCUGAGAAGCAGAUUGAGCCAGCUGUGUGUUGUCAUGGAAACCGGAGUGAGCCCCGAGACAGCAGAGGGGCCUGAGGACCUGUUGGAGGAAGCCCCUCUCCUGCCCGGCAGUCCUCAUUCGGAGGAGAGGCCACUCCUGCAGACUGAGCUUCGCCAGCUCGUGCCUGAGGCUGAGCCAGAGGAAAUGGCCCAGCAGCUGUUGGCGGUAUUUGGCGGCUACUAUAUCCGGCUCCUGGUGACCUCGCAGCUUCCCCAGGCAGUGGGGACACGACACACGGACUCGCCAAGGAUUCCGUGCCCCUGCCAGCUCAUAGAAGCCCACAUCCUGGGUACUGGGUGCUGCCCAUUCCUGGCCAGGUGA